CUUUCAGCUCAUCACUUUGCCAUCCUCUGGGCGUCUGUGGGGAACACCGUCCCCGCCACCUUCUGGGCCAUGUACUACCUGGUGAGUCACCCUGAGGCCCUGCAGGUCGUCCGCCAGGAGAUCCACGACGUCCUGAGACUCAGCGGUGUCGAGUUCAGCAGAGACAGAGACGUGACUCUCAGCAGGGAGCAGCUGGACAAGCUUCUUUAUCUGGAGAGCGCCAUCAACGAGAGCCUCCGUCUGUCCUCGGCCUCCAUGAACAUCCGUGUCGCUCAGGAGGACUUCAGUCUGCGGCUGGACGGCGAGCGCUCAGUGGCCGUCAGGAAAGGAGACAUCAUCGCCCUCUACCCUCAGAGUAUGCACAUGGACCCCGAGAUCUACGAGGAGCCUCAGACCUUCCGGCUCGACCGCUACAUCCAGGACGGCAGAGAGAAGACGGACUUCUACAAGAACGGCCAAAAGCUGAAGUACUACCGCAUGCCGUUCGGCUCCGGCUCCUCCAUGUGUCCCGGACGACACUUCGCCAUCAACGAGAUCAAGCAGUUCCUGUGUCUCCUGCUGCUCUACUUCGACCUGCAGCUGGAGGAAGGUCAGCCCAGAGCCACCCUGGACCCCAGCAGAGCCGGAAUGGGCAUCCUGCUGCCCACCAGGGACGUACGCUUCCGCUACAGACUGCAAACAGUCCAACCAGGGCAGUGAUGCAAGUGUGUUAUUGGCUGGACACGCUGCGGACGAUCGCUCUGUAACAUAUGCAUUACGUACAUAAUGUAUAUUUGUAGAACACCAGUGUUUAAAGUGAAAGGUCGCUGGCCGGAUCAAACCGGGAAUGUCUAGGAAGUCUAGUCUGUUGUGGACAAGAUCAGAGUUGUAGUUUCCAGGAUUCCUCUUUUAUAUGUCACGUCACGCAUUCCAACUUAAAGCAAGACUAAAGUUCUGCCGGGCACAAAGUCCUUUUGUGGGAGAAAGUUCCCUGUUUGCUACACAGUGCACCUUAUUUACUGUCUGCCUUUGUAUUAUGGGGUCUGAAUUCUAGUUCGUCCAUUUCAUUUAAUCUACUGUCGAUCCAACAAAUCUUUCAUCACUUUAUUCAGUAACCAUGGCUGCCGUCCUCCAGCGUUACUUUAGCUCAGGGGCCCCUUCGGCCUUGUAACCUGCAAACUCACUAAACUCUCAUUUACUCAAACCAGAGCAUAGGUUGUGUUUCUCCAUCAGCUAGUCCAGACUGCAGCUGUUCGAACCCAUCCUUCGAAUGAGGACCAGAGCCGUCGUGGUUCAUCCUCAGGCAGAGAGACGGACACACGGCGUUCGGUUGCUGCAAAGUUGUUUUUGUUAAUUAAACAGUGAUUCGGAUCUAUAGAGUGAGAUUCAAAUGUUAAGGAUCUAUUGACAGAAACAAUAUAAUAUCCAUAAGUAUGUUUUCAGUGGUGUAUAAAGACCUUACAUAAUGAAUGUUAUGUUUUUAUUACCUUAAAAUGAGCCAUUUCUAUCUACAUACACCGCAGCUCCUCUAACAUGGACGUCACCAUGUUUCUACAGUAGCCCAAACAGACAAACUGCUCUACAGAGCUCGUUUCGUCACCACGUUUAAUACGUACAAAGAGUGUAUGUAUGUAGUGUUGUUUAUCUGCUCUGAUAAUGUUAAUCCAACACAUCUUUGUAGCAGCGUCCAUAUUGAUUCCACAUUUCAACUAAAGAGCACAUGCACACACUGAAGUCAGAAGAACGACUUUGCAACUCGGGAAAUGGGAGGAGCACUUGAAUGCACUGUGAACCGCUGGUUGCAAUACACAACCCUCACCACUAGAUGGCACUAAAACUUUGAGAGGGGUUUAUAUACUCACAUUGCCCCAGUCCAGCAGAGGGCAGCACCCCACUUCCAACGCCUAUGCAGAUGAUGUUGUACUGUGACACUUUGAACCACUUCCCUGCAUCAUGAAUAAUAAACACUUUCUGACUGUAAUGUGAAGAUGUUUAAAAGGAACUGUGAUAUACAGAUAUUAAUAACUAAUUAAAAUCCUUUUCAUGGUUCAUAUCACUAAAUCUAAAAAAAAUAGCCACGUAGGUAAACCUGGGAGCAUCAGACCCACGUCAUGCACUGUCCAAUACUUUAUGAAUUAUGUCAGUUCAUUAUCAGACAAGACUUCACACAUCUGUAUAGAACGAUCUUCAGGUUUUACACAGAACUGACCCUUUUGGAAUGAUUUACAAAACAAAUUAUUGAUGUGAAACACUUUUUACACAUAUUUUACACGUCACAUAUGACAAAAAAAAAAAUAUAUAUAUGUGGUUUAUCACAUUUGAAACAGCAAUGAAUUCACAUAUAGAGGUAGUUACUGUCUAGUGGCAUGUGUGGUUUUCACGUGCUUUACUGUUUAGAUUCAGGGUGAAUCUUCUGUGAUUUAUGUAAUUUAGGAAGUGAAACCCUUUUUUUCCACGGUGCUGGUUAUUUUUGUUAAAUAUGCAAAGUUAAAUCAAACAGAAUACAGGUAUCUGCAGAGUGUUCAGUUGGUAAUUCUGCCUUUCAUUUUGUAAUUGUAGAACUGUAUAGCACCUUAAUUCAAGCUGUAAUAAACUGAUGUAA